UCCGUGGUGCAACUGUGCCUUGUGUUUACUUCUGCACACUUGAGUUUGAUGUAUAUUUUAUUAAACGAACAUAUUCGAAAAUCGGAGAAUGUGGACUGCAUGCUCGGAAGUUUGGCGCUACCACAAUCUACACACCAGCUUGAAAGUACAUUCUUUCUGUAUUUACUGUGGAAUUGUCAUUUUGUUGUACAAUGUGGCGUCUUUUUGCUGCCGUGUGUGCGCUUGUGGCCGGGACCGCUGCCUUUCUGGAGCAGAUUUCCAGCGACUGUACCUGUCCAGGCGAAAUAGCUGCAAUCAAAGAUGAGCUGAUGAAGAUCCGAGGGAACAUGUCAAUGUCCAGCUCCCAGGCGGCGCUGAUCAGCCAACUUCAGGCAAACUUGACCACCCUCCAACAGACCGUCCACAAUCUUUCCCGUGUCACCCAUCACCCACAAGCGGUCGCGUUCACGGCACAACUGACCAAAUCCUUAUCAAACAUCCAGGAGGGUCAAGAAGUUAUGUUUGACAAAGUGAUCACCAAUGUUGGCCACGGGUACGACAACAACACAGGCAAUUUUACUGCGCCAUACAAUGGAACGUACAUAUUCUUCUUGACCAUCACAAGCAGUGACAUUCACAAAGCCAGCUUCCGGUUGGUGAAGAACGGACACCGUAUUUUGAACGUCAACUCAAUCCCGACCACAGCCCACAACCACACCAUACCGGAAACCAACACGCACGUGGUCACCGUAAAUAUGCAUGUGGGUGACAAAGUUUGGGCGGUAAACCAGGGCGGCUUUGAUGCCCAUGAGGGGUUGACCGGGAACCUACUGACUUCCUUUUCCGGUCAUCUCCUACAGCCACACUUCAGGAGCACGUCCCCUACGGUUGUCUAGAAUGAAUUAACAGUUAAUGUCCAUCUGUUGGUUGUAUAAUUUAACACGAAGCACAUAAAACUGA